AUGCCUGCAUUAGUUUUCAUGUCAACUUCUAGCAGCAUGAGGGUCCUAAUUCUCAUUGUAGCAAUGGGAGCAGUUUUAGAGCUUGCACCUCAAGCCGAGGCAGCUCGUGCUUUCUUUGUCUUUGGGGACUCACUGGUCGACAGUGGCAACAACAACUACCUAGCAACCACCGCCCGUGCCGACUCUCCUCCCUAUGGCAUCGAUUUCCCUACCCACCAGCCCACCGGCCGCUUCUCGAACGGCUUAAACCUCCCCGACAUUAUCAGUGAGGAAAUAGGAUCUGAACGCGUGCUCCCAUAUUUGAGCCCUGAGCUCACAGGACAAAAGCUGCUUAUUGGAGCAAAUUUUGCUUCUGCAGGAAUCGGAAUCCUCAAUGAUACUGGGAUUCAAUUUAUUACCGUAAUAAGGAUCUAUAGGCAGUUUGAACUUUUCCAACAAUACCAACAACGGCUCACGGCGCUUGUCGGAGCACCACAGGCAACAAGGCUAGUGAAUGGCGCACUUUACCUCAUGACGCUUGGUGGCAAUGACUUUGUUAACAACUAUUUCUUGGCACCUAUCUCCCAAAGGUCACGCCAAUAUUCCGUUCCCGAAUUCUCUCGUUACCUUAUCACUGAGUUCCGCAAAAUUCUCAUGAAUCUAUACGAAUUAGGAGCCCGAAGAGUGUUGGUGACCGGUACCGGGCCAUUGGGUUGUGUUCCAUCUGAGCUGGCCCAGAGCAGAAGCAUAAACGGUGAGUGCAAUCCAGAAUUACAAGGGGCAGCAGCGAUCUUCAACCCACAGCUGGUCCAGAUGCUUCAAGGACUCAACAAACAACUUGGUUCAGAUGUUUUUGUCACUGCUAAUGCCUUCGACAUGAAAGCGGACUUCAUCUCCAACCCCCAGAAAUUUGGUUUUGUGACAGCAAAGGUGGCAUGUUGUGGCCAAGGACCCUACAAUGGGAUGGGACAGUGCAAUCCGACGUCAAACUUGUGCCCAAAUCGGAAUCUGUAUGCCUUCUGGGAUGCUUUUCAUCCAACUGAGAAAGCAACCAGGCUAAUUGUGAAGCAAAUUAUGACUGGGUCUACCAAGUACAUGAACCCAAUGAACCUAAGCACCAUAAUGGCCUUGGACUCCAGGACCUAA